ACACACACACACACACACACACACACACACACACACACACACACUCACACACACGGUAGAGUGAAAAGUGACAGGACUUGAUCAGAAAUAAAGAUCAUAUGACCAGCUCGGUUUCACAGCAACUGUCCAAACACACACACACACGAGGUGGAUGUUUGUGUUCCAUUGGUGCUCCAUCGGUGUUCCAUCAGUGUUCCAUUGGUGCUCCAUCGGUGUUCCAUCAGUGUUCCAUUGGUGCUCCAUCGGUGUUCCAUCAGUGUUCCAUCGGUGUUCCAUCAGCCAUCAUCAUCCAUCAGCGUUCCUCCCACACGGACGUCUGCUAUCAGCCAGAACCAAGAGAGAUGAGCCUGGCGCUGAUCCACGACAGACAAAACAUCAGGAGCUUCUGGGAGAACAGGAUCCACGUCCACCACCAGCACGCCGCCAGCGAGGAGCGCAGGAUGAACGCCAGCGCCCUCCACAAGCUGCGGGGGGAGUGGCUUACCUGCCUGGAGAAGCGGAACAAGCACCUGAAGAGCCUGAAGGACGGCCUGGUGCCCAACAGGAAGCCGGAGGCCACCCCAUGUCCUUGAAAGAAUGACACAAUAAAAGCGUCCUUUCACAAUAA